AGGAUUCUUUCCUCCUUCCUCGGCCACAAAAGAAAAGGUUACAGGAAGAAGGGAAGAAUAUGAGGACGCACAUCCUCUUUUUCCUUCUCGCCAUCAUUGGUUGCGUUCUGAAAGGUACGUUGGGCCACAGGAAUCACGUCGUCGGGAGUAGCUUGGGGUGGACUGUUCCCCCUAACAAGACCUUCUACCAGGAUUGGGCUCGGAAAACGCAUUUUGCCGUGGGAGAGAGACUUGUAUUUCCUUACAAAGUAGGCGUGCAUAACGUGAUCGAGGUGUCAAAGGAGGACUUCGAAAACUGCACGCAAUUCAAAGUCAUCGAAAGGCACCAUCAAGGACCACUGACCCUAGAGUUGACCAAGCCUGGUCCUCAUUAUUACUAUUGUGGGGUUGGGCUUCGCUGUGAGCUUGGGCAGAAGCUUGCCAUCAAUGUCUCUGCCGAAGCUCCUGCAGUUGCUAGUACUUUCACCCACAGCCCUGCUCAAUCUCCAAGCUUAUCAUCUGCUGAUAGGGUUCCCUUCGCUGCUCCACUUGCGGCUCUCCUUAUAUAUGUGUUGCAUUAUCUCUUCAUGUGAGAUGAAAGGUGGUCAUUCUUAAUAUUGCCAUUUGAGAAAUCCUUCAAAAAAAAAUAUGACCAUUUGAGAAGAUAUAUAUUGAUGGGGAAGAAUACAUUGUUUAUCUUGGCAACAAGAUAUGUAAAAAGGGCUUCAUUUACUUGUUUAUUGGUAAACAUAAGUAUCAUGUGAUAGAAAAGAAACACAGAAGCUUCUCCAUU